UUAUGGCGGUGCAUCAGGAAACCUCAGCGGAGUGUCCCUUUAAAUUCACUUCAAUCCGUGUGUCUUGUUGCUUCUCCGCUCUAUUUUGAGGAUCAUAAUUCAGAGUAAAAGCAGCAAUAGUAGUAGUGCGCCUUUAACCAGCGUGCGUGCGCACAUGCGUAAAGUGUAGUAGGUGGCCGCGCAUGGCAUCUCCGUGCCUGCUCGCGCUCUGCUCGCGCUCCGCUCUGCCGUCCUCUGCCGCUGGGUCGCUGAUGAUGCCGCGCAGAGAGCGGGGCGCUUGUACGUUUCUGUGUGCGGCCACGACCGCAGUUCCCAAGACUGAAGGCGAAUGAGACGCGAGAGGAGCCUGAAACACGAUGAUGGAUCGCCCGAGCCGUUUCUCAUCGCUCGGACAGCUGUAACGUCGGCGGACACACGCGUGGAUUCGUCAAAGGGUCGACGUUAAGGGCUUCCGUUUGUUCGACACUCAGCUCCAGGGACAGGAUGAUCGAGGAAGGCAGCAAACGAGGCAAGGCCAUGGUGGAGAAGAGACAGCUCUUCAUGGAGAUGAGAGCUCAGAACUUCGACGUGAUCAGACUGUCGACUUACAGGACCGCCUGCAAACUCCGGUUUGUGCAGAAGAGAUGCAACCUUCAUCUGGUGGAUGUCUGGAACAUGAUCGAAGCCUUUCGUGACAACGGGCUCAACACGUUGGACCACAACGCCGAGAUCAAUGUGUCGCGGCUGGAGACCAUCCUGUCUUCCAUCUACUACCAGCUCAACAAGCGGCUGCCCACAACCCACCAGAUCAAUGUGGAGCAGUCCAUCGGGCUGCUGCUCAACUUCAUGGUGGCCACGUACGACAGUGAGAGCCACGGGAAGCUGACAGUUUUCUCAAUGAAAGCCAUGCUGGCGACGAUGUGCGGAGGGAAAAUAGUGGACAAACUACGCUAUAUUUUCUCGCAGAUCUCAGACUCCAGUGGGGUCAUGAUGUUUGCAAAGUUCGACCAGUUUCUGAGGGAGGUGCUGAAGCUCCCCACAGCCGUGUUCGAGGGCCCGUCUUUUGGAUACACGGAGCAUUCGGUGCGGACGUGCUUCCCUCAGCAGAAGAAGAUCAUGUUGAACACGUUUUUGGAUGUGUUGAUGGCAGAUCCUCCUCCUCAAUGCCUCGUAUGGCUACCACUCAUGCACCGACUUGCUAAUGUUGAAAAUGUCUUCCAUCCGGUGGAAUGUUCCUAUUGCCGGAGCGAGAGCAUGAUGGGUUUCCGGUAUCGGUGCCAACAGUGCCAUGGCUACCAGCUCUGUCAGAGCUGCUUCUGGCGUGGCCAUGCAAAUGGUCCCCAUAGCAACCAGCACCAGAUGAAGGAGCACUCGUCUUGGAAGUCUCCGGCCAAAAAGCUGAGCCACGCCAUCAGUAAAUCCCUCGGCUGCGUCCCCAUCGGAGAGCCGCCGCAUCCUGUGUUCCCCGAGCAGGCUGAGAGGCCACAGGAACUCACCCACACUGUUCAGCCGAAACCAGUGGCCAACAACAUGAACGACACAAUGCUCAUGUCCUCCGGGGCACCCACUCCUACCAAAAGUGUCUUGGAGAGUCCCAGCCGGCUAGAUGAAGAGCACCGCCUCAUCGCUCGCUACGCUGCCCGCCUGGCAGCCGAGGCGGGCAACUCCACACAACAGUGUCCUCCGUCAGACCUGGGUUUCAACUUUGAUGCCAAUAAACAACAGAGGCAGCUGAUCGCCGAGCUGGAGAACAAAAACAGGGAGAUCCUGCAGGAGAUCCAGCGGCUGCGUUUGGAGCACGAGCAGGCCUCUCAGCCGACCCCGGAGAAGGCCCAGCAGAACCCCACACUUCUGACCGAACUGCGGCUCCUCAGACACAGGAAGGACGAGCUGGAGAGGCGCAUGUCGGCGCUGCAGGAGAGCAGACGGGAGCUGAUGGUGCAGCUGGAAGGACUCAUGAGGCUGCUGAAGGAUGAGGAGCAGAAGCAGGCUUCCCAGUCUGGAGGCUCCCCUCAUUCUUCCCCCAGUCACGGUGCAGGCUGCUCCAUGCCCAUGCCCAUACGCUCCACCUCGGCUGGGUCCACCCCGACCCACACGCCGCAGGACUGCCUGGCCGGGGUGGGAGGGGACGUGCUUGAGGCUUUUGCUCAGGGUGUACCUAGAAAUCUACGGAAUGAUCUAUUAGUUGCUGCUGACUCAAUAACAAACACAAUGUCAUCGCUGGUGAAAGAGCUCCACUCAGUGGAUGACGGGGCAGACGAAGAGGAGACCAACAUGAGGAACGGCGGGGACAGAGGCACAGUGAGAGUACCGAAGCACUGAGGACCAGACACCAUCCCACCCUGUAAGGACAUACAGUCAUCAACUGGGAAGAAUCAGUCACAACAACAACAACAACAACGACCCCUGGCAUUAGCACGUAGAGUAAUGCAUGCUGUAAUCAAACAGGAUUUCACUAUGUGAAAAAAAAAACAAAAAAACGUUUCUUCACAUCUGCAGGUAGCAAGAUGUGUCUAAUUAGCGAGUGUGUAUGUUGUCCUGUAAACAAAAAAAAAAACUGCUGUAAUUACCCGAUGAUUUCCCUCAUGACUGCUAAGGAAUGGCUUGCUGUGCUUUCUCCCCCGACCGUUCCAUCGCAGCAGAUCAUUCUGUAUAUAAAAUACUGUAAAACACACACGAACGUGGCAAAACGCCCCGACAUGAACGUGACCUCCUGUCACAACAUGCGCCCCGUCAUUGCUUUUGUAUGAUUAGCGCUAGUAUUAUAAUUUCCUCUUUUUUUUUUCUUUUUUUUUUGGUAUCAAUUUUGCAUGAAGUUGCACUCAUGUCUGGAUUUUAGGUACUGUACCAUGCUAUGCCAGCUCUUUGUGGGGUUUAUGACGACGGCUGGGGGUGUCAAAAGUGUCCUGCCUCAUAAUUCACGCUGAGUGUGUUUACGUGCACAUCCAUAUUCUGAAGUUUGUUGAAGCUGACUUGCCGUGUCACCGUGAGGAUGGAGGGUCAGCAGGGGACUACAGGAAGUCAUGAAAGAGAAAUGGAAAUAGCUAAGCACACAAUCCCUCCUAUAAAAACACAAUUUGAUCAAACAGAGAAGAUAUAUUUCGCAACAGUUGCAAGUAGGUUAAUUUUUUUUUUUUUACUGUUGGACGGAGCCAUGCUAGCUGUAGCAUGCCACCCAUUUCCAGCCUUAAUGCUAAGCUAAGCUAACAUUCUCCUGGCUGUCCCAAACCGAUGAGCGUUUUUUGUUUUGUUUUUGUUUUUAGUUCAAUUUCAGGACGCAAAAUGUGUGCAGGGGUGUCUGUUAACGUAGCAUGAAGAAGGAACCAGGAAUAAUCACCGGCAACCAGAAUAUUGUGUGCACGUAAACACACUCAGCGAGUCACACACUAUACUGCUGCUACUGUGCUCUCAGUGAGCCACCCUUGCAAAUAAGAGGGCUGCGCAAUUAAGGGAAACCAAGGGGCUACUUAAAACUGAAAUUGUCUCUUCCCUGUGAGAACUUAGCUGAACACACCUGACUAGCUGGUAGCCUCAGUAUUUAUUGUUUCAAGUGUAGGGAAGCACCUCAGGAUGUAGUACUGAACUAGGCACUGAGUUUUAGUUGUGUGUUACAAAAUGAACACUUAUACAGUAUGUAAGGACGUACGGUCGUAGUAAGCAAGUAGGAAAAUGCUUCGAUAGCUUUAUUUAGUUAAGAUUAAAGAAUAUUGAUCAUGUUUAUGCGCAAUGAAGGUAGGUGCUCAGGGACUGCAGAGCUACUCUUGAUUGUAUGGUAGUCACGUCUUUUCACUGCUGGACAACACUGGCCACAUGUUAAAGGUGCAAUGUGUAAGAAUGGGCCACCUGUCGAGGAUCACUCCAAACAAAUGGGUAAGCGCUUCAGCUUUCUGUGGCUGCUGUUAGGUAUUCAGCUCAGUAAGGGAGGGACUGUAGGCAAUUACACUGUGGGCAGCGGAACCGGGUUCAGCAGCCCUCCCCCCCAGUGAGCACGGCCAGAUCAGGACCCAACAGGGCUUAAGUCAACAUGUGCUAAGGUGAUCUACAGUGGCUCUGACCAGGACUCCGCCAUCCUCAUACUUUACAAGGAGUACUUUGAUUGCCACUGACUCCAAAAAUGACAUAUAUCACCAUUCCCAAAACAAGAUGACCUUUGCAAUGUACUAGCGAAGCACCUACAUUCGUCGUACACUCACAGUUUCAUUGGGUGACCAAGAAAACUACUUGGUUGGGUUGAAGGAAACGUCACGGUUUGGGUUAAAUUAAGUACGUAACUUACGCAACUUCAGUUCCUAUUGUACCUACGUGAUGUGCGAAACUCUACAUGAUGUACGUUACGGAACUUAUCUUUGUUGGUAAUUUAAAGUAACUCACUGUUGACUUUCACAUAACCAUGAUCGCCCUCGAAAGCAGACUCGUCUCUGUUUGCAUAUCUCUGCCAGACUUCCUCCUUUGCGUCCUUUGCUGAGGACGGCCUAGGGACAAGGCAAGCAGUGGACAAGAGAGGUGCGAAGAGCAUAACAAGCAGCGCCUUGAGCCGUGAAUUUAGGAUUUAUUUUUACUAAACCAGUGUUGGUGAUGGUUGUAAAAAUGCAAAGUCACACAAACAGAAAAUUAAGUUUAAGUUACAGUGGGCUCCACUAUCAGACUAUUGGCACAAGACAGAACGAGCUGGUGCUAACUGGUUAGCAUGCUAACCUCAGUAGAUAUUUCUGCAGGCACAAUACAUAGUCUCGUCUUCGGCACAACGUCAAAACUGUUAUUAUCUCACAUUUCAUUAAUGAUAUUAGUUAUACUGGCCACAUCUUAUACAUUGCACCUUCAAUAGUGGUUAAAGAUGGAGGGUUUCAUUCUGAAAUAUACAUCCACUGUUAUUCACAAAUAAGUCAUUUGACUUGCCUGAGUUGAAACUCUAAUUCCAUCGGUCACCUUUUUCUGAUUUUGGAAUGAAACUCCUUCGAUAUACAGAGGAAAACAACAGCAAGUGAUACAACGCUGAGCAAAGAAUGUGGAUCAUCAGAGGGAGAGAAGUUUUUUCUGAAGUGCUAUUUGGUGAAGCAUGUUGUUGGAUAUAGUUUGUCUGUGUGUGAAAUUAGUGUCUUUCACGGGAAAAGCAAAGCUGUCACAGAGGUAGCUCUUUGUCUUGAGUCAGACUGCGAUCAGGUCAAAGUUACCUUUACAUUUUUUGUCUUCUGGUUCUAUGUCUUUCUUUGUCCUUCAGGGUAGCCGUACAUCUCAAAUGAAAAAUGAGCAAUGUUUGCUUUUUAGCGGGAAGAGUUGCAGAACGGUACGUGAUGCUUUCAAAACGAGUUGUGUGGUAAAAUCGGGCUGAACGGGACUGAAAACUUUUUUUUUCUUUUUUUUUUCUCUGACAUUUGUACAGUAAGCCUAGCCUAAAAGCUAAGUAUAAAGUUUCAACAACCUGUGACACUGUGUCGAGAAAAAUAACAAAAAGAGGCUCCUCUGUUAUCAACGUUCUAAAUGUGAUGUUUUCAUUCAGUUCUCUGUUCCGCUCUGUGUUACCAUCAUUGUUUAUUAUUCUGGUUUACAAUAUAAGUGGAGUAUAGUUAAUGUAAUGAGUUUGUCAAAAUGCAGAUUCAUGUGCAUACUCACAAUUGCACCCAAACAUACAAAUUCAUUUUAAGCGCUGGCUUUAGCGGAAAAGGUCCAGAAAUUGCUAAAAGGCAAAGAAAGGAAAAAAAAAAAAAAAAUCGUCUUCCCCUUCAAUCUCGCCAUGCAUUUGACGUCAGAAGUUAGCUUUGUUUUCGUUCUUUCAGUUUGUGCCUGUAGCGGUUCUGUAAAGUGCUGUAUAAUGUAACCAUUCUGCAGAUAAGAUGAUCUAUCAGCCUUUAAUGUCUGUGACUUUGUAGAGUUUUUUUUUUUUUAUUUAUUUAUUAUAAAUGUGAAACUGAUGCUCAGCCUUUACAUUUGUGCCAAACUGUUUGCAGACAUUGUGUGUCACACAAAAUUACAGGUAUAUAUCAAAGUAUAUCUGCAUUAGUAUGUUGUUGUUGCCCAUAGUUUAUUCACAGAAUGCCUGGAGAUGUUUCACAGUCAAUGUUUUUUUUGUUUGUUUUUUUCUGCUGCUGGAAAAAAAAACUUGCAUUAAGUAUAUUAUAAAGACACAUUCCAAAUCUUACUGAUAGACAGUCACUGAUGUCAUUUUAGCCAACAUGGAGGCAAUACUGUAUACCCUGUCGGAACAAACUCGGGGUAAACACAAAUAAAACGCAGCCGGUCACACGGAGGUGCGUACAUACAUUGUGACCCUUUUAUUGUUUGCAGAGAGACAGAGAGGACGACCUCGACGACGACGCUCCCCUGAUGUUAUUUAUCUAUGUAUGUGUUCUGUACGGUUACGCUUCUGGUACACAUUUGUUUCUCAUGUUGAUUUUACAGAAACAUAGUUUUAUGUCACAAAGCCACUGUCUUUUGUAAAUAAAUCAAAUGUGAGAUAUAUUAAAAAGAUUUAAAAUAUGG